GCAGCGAUUCAUGGUUCGGCACCCGGUUUCUUGGCAAAAAAAUUCAACAACUUCAACCUUCUAGAAGGACGUGUGUAUGGGAUUAAUGGUUGGCAACUUAAGGACACAAAUGCAUUCAAAAUAACGGAUUCAAGUCAUAAGUUUGAGUUUGGUGAACACACAAACAUAUACGAGAUAGUUGACGACAACUACCCGAGAUGUCUGACCCUCAAACAAUCGACUAUCUCGAUUAAAUAUACAAGAUUUUUGGGGAUGCCAUUGUGGGAAGGAUAUGUGCAAAUAAUUGUUGAUGCCUUGAACAAUACCCCG